AUGCCCAAAAAUGAAACUACAAUUUAUGAUUUACUAUACAAUAGAACAAAUCCAAUCAAUCAGGUCUCUGUGUAUUACCGUCAAGCAACUUCAGCUCGAAAUUCUUCAUAUCCAUAUAUCAGUGGUGAUGCAUUUCGAGCAUUUGCUGAUUAUGUUUACGAUGAAACAAGACAAGAUAAAUUAAGCUUAGUUAAAUAUGGUGAAAUUAUUUUUGUAAAAACUGAUAGUCUAUUGAAUUUUUUCAAGUCACCAUUUGAUUCCAUAAAAGAACCAUUCGUAUUAGUUACGCAUAAUAGUGAUGCCUCAGCACCAGCUAUUUAUGAAUCAUAUUUAUUAAAUCCAAAGAUUCUUAUUUGGUAUGCAUCGAAUCCGAGUGUAAGAAAUCGUGCAAAAUUAUCUCCUAUUCCGAUUGGACUACCCAAUGCGUAUUGGCCACAUGGUAAUUUGCGUAAAUUCACAUUUGCUUUGAGAAAUCAUCGUAAACCGUGGUCUCAACGAACAAAUCUUCUUUAUGUUAAUUUUGAAGUUGCAAAUAAGAAAUGGUUGAGUUAUCGAAAAAAUUAUCAUUUUUGA